AUGAUGCGCGAAAUCAUCAGCCUUCGACAGGAGGUCCAAGUGCUCAGGAACGGAGGAGGCAACGGACAAGUCAGGGACAUCGGAGAAGCAGUCAAACCAAAACAGCCAGGACCAUUCGACGGUACUCAUGGCACGCUUCGAGACUUUCUCACCCAACUCAAAGCCUACCACCGAUUCUAUCCGACCAAGCUCUCGGACCCAGUCGAAAAGGUACUCCACGCAGGAAAUUGUUUAUCUGGAACGGCACUCGCCUGGUUUGGACCCAUCAUGAGGGACUUUCUCGACAACCAACCAGCGCGACGAGACAACGAGACAGACGAAGUCUUUGCCAGUUUCCAAGGAUUCGAAGAAGCCAUUACGAAGGUAUUCGGAACAACCGACGAGGAACGAGAGGCCGAACAGAAACUUCGAGAACUCCGACAAAGGAUCUCAGCAUCGGAUUAUGCUGCGAAGUUCCGUCAAGUCACCUCAAAGCUUGAUUGGGACGACGAACCCCUUAUGUCACGAUUCUACGACGGACUUAAAGAAGAAGUCAAGGACGAGCUCUACAAGGAAAAUCGACCUGACAACCUCUCGGACUACAUUGCUAUGGCAGUACGAAUCGACGACAGACAGUAUGCGCGACGCCAAGAAAAGAAGCAAGGAAGAGGAAACUGGAACCCUUCCUAUGGGAACAACUUCAACCGACGCGCCAACUACAAGAAGAAGCGCGAAACUCCCAUUGCCUACGCCCACACAACUAACCCAGGCAGGAUGGACCUGGACGCAACCCAAAAAAGCAAAGGAAAGUGUUUCAACUGCGGGAAACUUGGACAUUACUCCAAAGAAUGCAGACAACCUCGCAAGGAGAAGAAACCCACUGGGCCCCAGCCCCAGAAGGUAAGAAACACCUAA